AAACAAAAACACGCAACGCCACCAUGUGCGAGCCUCGAUUUUCGUCACUUCCGUUUUCCGCUUCGCCUAGUUGUGGAGUCACGAUGACUGACGUUCGAAAGGGAAGGUGUUCGCGGACCACGGAACGCUCGGACUCCAACUGACCAGCAGCUCGGCCGACGAUGGACGUGUCGCCGGAGUCCCCAAUGGGGCCCAAACUGCAGAAGCCGCUCGCGUACAACCGCCUGCUCCCGUACGGCGAGCAGAUCGCCGACGAAGCGGCCUCUCUACUCGCCGAGAUCAAGGCAAACCUCGCACGGGCCGUCAUGCUGCGCGAGGUGAAGCCAUCUGCAGUCGCCUGGACCGGACACCUGAACAACUAUAUCAAGUUGUACGGCUACCAGUUCAGCAAGGAGGACCACGUGCAGCUCAUCCACUUUAUGCUCGAGCUGAUCGUGAUCCCCGGCCUGGAGCUGAAUGCUGUGCAGAAGAUCGCUCACACCCUGGGACUGCUCAUGAAGAAGCGUGAGCUGCUCUCCCGCGACGACCUCUCGGUGGAGUGGAGGCCAUUGUACGAGCUCUACGAGCGGCUGCUCUACUCCCCCUACGAACACCUGGGCAUGCUCCUGCUUCCCUCAAACUUGGAGACUAACCUGAAGCAGCUGAUACGCUGUUGCCGGACGUACUUCUCCGAGGCGUCCACCCAGGAGAUGCUGGACGAGUGGCUCCCCCUCAUGUGCCCCUUUGACGUGACCAUGCACAAGGCGGUGGCCUACCUGGAGCUCUUCCUGCCCACCAUGCUGCCUCCGGAGCAACACCACAGGGGCUUCAGGUUGUGGUUUGACAAGUUCAUCGAGCUCUGGCACAACAGCCACAACUCCCCCGUCUGGGAAAAUAACCUGGUCUGGCUGUUUGCGAGACUAGCCCAGAACAACAUCGGCUACAUAGACUGGGAACCAUACAUUCCAACGAUGUUCACCCGCCUGCUGCGCAGCCUGAACCUGCCGGCGGCCUCUGGCAAGGUGCAGGUGAACAGGCACAGCAACUCCUACGACAGCACUGCCGUCGUCAACUGGAUCACCUCCCUCAUGGGGGGCCAGAGCAGCUGCCAGACGUAUGUGAGCAGCCUUUUCAAGGCGGUGGAGUCCUUCUACCACCCGUCCAACAACGGGCGCUGGGUGAUGAAGCUGCAGAGGAUCCUGUACAAGCUUCCAGCCGAGGUGGUCAAGCGGCUACACAGGGAGCGCUACCGGGCCCCGUCGUGGGAGACUCCCGUGCCGCCGUGGCAGCAGCUGUCGGACGCGGACGUGACACAGUUUGUGGAGUGCGUGCGCCCCGUGGUGCUGCUCUCCAUGUUCGGCAAGGGGGGCAGCUCGGGGGCUGCCAUGGCCCUGCAGAACUUGGCCCUGCUCCGGCCGGAGCUGGUCAUUCCGCCCGUCAUCGAAAGGCUGUACUCGGCCCUGGAGACCCUGACGGAGCCGCACCGGCUGACGGCAGCCAUGCACUGCGUGGUGGCGGUGGCCCGUAGCCUGGUGCUGGGGGGCAGCUACUUUCCCGAGGGGCCCUCCCACGUGCUGCCCCUGCUCAGCAGCUGCCUGCCGGGCAUCGACCCCAACGACAUCAAGAAGUGCAUCGUGACCUUCCAGUUUAUUUCCACGUUUGCAACUCUCAUUCCUUUGGUGGACUGCUCCAAGGCGGUUUCGGUGCGCAACGACUUGACCGAGCUGGAGCAAGAGGUGUGCCUGGCGACAGCAGGGUUCGAGGACUUUGUUCUGCAACUCAUGGGGAGGUGCUUCUCGCUGAUUGAGAACAGCUCACUGGAGAACCCGACGCGGUUGGACCGUGACACGGACAAGAUGAACACGGAGGAGAACAUCCUGGAGGUUGGGCUAGCCUCCACCUUCAGCAGCAUCCUGGCUCAGUGCUCUCCGGACAUCUUCAAGGCAGCGCUGUCCAAGCUGCAUGCCUUUGUCUCAACGCGCAUCCUGGAGACGAGGGUGUCCGGCCGCUACGUCGCCCACAUGUGCCGCUGCAUGGCCCGGGUGAACCCGUCGCUGGCCCUGGGGACGUUUGUGCCCCACUUUUCCAAGCUGGUGCUCACGCUGACCGAGUCUGACGACGUGGCCACGGAGGAACUGCUCGACGACGAGCUGCUCUUCAGCCUCUUGCUGCUCUCGGAGGUGGUGCGCUGCAACGGGCGCGAGCUGCUGCCCCACGUGGAGCUGCUGCGCAAGGUGCUGCACCGCACGCUGCACCUGUCGUCCCGCAAGGGCUACCUGCUGGCCAGCACCCUGCUGCGCAACAUGCUGCGUGCUUGCACCAUGGUCUUCCCCCUGGACUACCGCAGCACCCACCGGCCCUGGGAGGAGUGCCUCGACUUCGCCAGCUACCUGCCCACCAGGGACUGGGGCAGGGCCGGAGACCUGGAGAACCUGGGCAUCCGGUGGCACCUGCCCUCCCCCGAAGAACUGGCUUGCGCAAAGGACCUGCUCGACGAGUUUCUGCACCCCGAGCUCACGGCACUGUUGCGCUGGAGCGAGGGCCAGCGCUCUCUCACCAGGGAGGAAGUUCAGCGGAGCUUGAACACGGUCCUGGACUGCGUCUUAGGUGCUGGCCUGGUGCUGCCCAUGUGGCCGGGAGAGCCAAUCAACCUUGUAGGCACGACAGUGCCAAUCCAGCUGAACUACAAGGUGGUGUUGGGGGCACCCUCCAUUUUCCUGGGCGCUGGCGAGAACGUGAGGCUCACCAUCGCCAAGGUUCUCCGGAAGGUGCUCGAGCACACGAUGCAGACGCACGAGGACGACAUCAAGUCUCUGUGCCUGAUUGUGAAGAUUUACCACGAGCUGGUGUUCUACUGGGGCAUUCCCAAGGACGACUUUGACACCCGUUGGAAGGGAUUCCACGUCAUCAAGAAGGGGCUGGAGAACCGGCUGUCGAGGCACAAGCAGCACAUUCGAGCCCUCCUGGUGGACCGGACGCAGCUCCAGCAUGAGAUGCGGGUGCUGUGCCGCCACCUGACGUGGUUCACGGAGGUGCACCAAGACAUCAUGAAGGACCUCUUUGAUCUCUCCACAAGCCACUACAGCGAGGUGCGCACUCAAGCUCAAGAGGCCCUGGGCAAGUGUGUGCACAGCUUCCAGGGAUCGCACCGGCUGCUGAUGAAGGGAGUUGUGCACAUGCUGACGGCCAAGGAGGGAGUCAUCCACGAACAGCUCAAGGGUGCCCUGUUUGUGGUGCUGGGCAAGAAGCAGCGUCACUUCCUGACGGUGGGGGACUGGGAGGCCCUGGGCCAGCUGUGGCCGGCCCUGGUGGGCGCCCGCCACUCGGAGAAGCCCUCCAUCAUCUGGCUGCUGGAGCACAUCCUGGAGAGCCUGCAGAGGUACCUCGAGACCACCCAAGUCACCCUGAAGGUGCCCGACAGCUGCGUCCAAGUGGCGAGGAGGGUGUGGGAGGGUCCCGAACCCCGGCCCAGCGCCGGCCAGCCCACGGACGAGGACGUGGCGGAGGGACUCCGGGCCGAGGAGCGCCGCAACAACCAGUGCUUACGGGCAUACGAGGACCUGGUAUCCAACCUUGUCAGUCAGGUGGAGAGCGGAACGUUGCACUGGCGUCACUACCACCUGGCGCUGGUGAUGGUGAAGCUGCUGAUCCGCAGCGACAUUCCCCUGCCCACGGCGGCCGUGCGGAUGCUGGUACAGCACUUGGUCCACGACACCAUCAACAUGCGCAAGGUGGCGAUCCUCGGGGUGGGCACGGUGCUGAAGCAGCUGAAGCGGAAGCACCCCAAGCGGGAGAUGGACGUGGAGCGGGAGGUGGACCAGGCCGCCCUGCCCCUCUCGCCGACCCUGGCCGCCCUGGUGGCCGCGGCGGACGGCGGGGCCCCGCCCAACCUCUGGCUGCAGUUCAACAGCGGUUGCCUGCCGGACACCAGGGAGCGCUGGGACCGGGCCCACUUUGUGCACAAGACCCACGUGGGCUUCCUGUGCCUGCCCAAGCCCUUCCUGGUAUACGCCCCUGAGGAAGAGCAGCCCAAGCUGGACCGCACCCCAGAGGAGAUGUCUCCGUCGGAGGUGGCCAUCUUCGAGGCCUUCAGCUCGGAGACCUUUGUGAGCCAGCUGGCGUCCUACCUGUCUCUGGAAGAGCGCAAGGGCCACGACCGCUUCGACGCCAAGCGCUUCUACAUGUUCAAGGGGCUGUUCCGCAACUUUGGGUCGGCGUUCCUGCCAGUCUUCGAGAAGGUGCUGGCUCGGAGGAUUGCGGACACCCAGGAGAGUAACCAGCGCUGUGCCCUGGAGAUGCUGGCGGGCAUCAUGCGCGGCUCCAAGCAUUGGGGCUUUGCCAAGAUGCAGGAGCUGCGCAAGGCCAUGGAGCCCAUCCUGAAGACGGGCCUCAACAGCAUCCUGCCGGAGACCCUCCCAGACUGGGGCACCUGCGUGGCCACUAUCUCGGAGAGCAGGGACCCCAACAAGUACCACUGGUUCUUUGAGCAGCUCAUGGCGGACCCCCUGAAGGGCGAGGAUGGCUCCUUCCUUCAAGCCAGCCGGCUGUACGUGCUGCUGGGGGGCCUGGCCCAGCAGGAGUGGCGGGUGUGCGAGCUGCUUCACCAGCAGCUGGAGUACCUGAAGCCCCGGCUGAUGCACAGCUACCAGAACGUCCGGGACAAGAUGGGCAGCCUACUGUGCAACAUCUUCCUGUACGACCUGCAGCAGCCCAUGCUUGGCUGCACCCUGGCACUGGCCCCGCGGAGGAAGGCCUUCCUGGACUUCCUCAUGCCCCAGCUGACCCCCCUGUGCGAGGGGGCCACGGAGCUCUCCGACAAGCGGGAGUCGGAGGGGGACACCGCGGUGGAGGGGGUUGAGCCCCGCAUGGGCGGCCCCACCAACAACCACCGGCAAGACGGCCAGGUGUCGCCUGAGCGGAAGAAGGCGGCACGCCUGCUGCAGACCGUGAGCAAGUGGAUCCUUGCAAGCGUGUCCCAGUCCCCCAAUGCGGCGCCCCCGGAGGUCUUCCAAGUCGUUCCUGUGUUGUGCCAGAUGCAGAGCGACAACACUGACGAGGAGCUGCAGAAGGACUGCGCGGUGACCCUGGCCCUGUUGGGGAAUGCCCUGCUUCCCAGGGAGAGCAUCCAGGCCGCACUGGACAUCGUCAAGGAGGUGAUGAACAGUCCCUUGUGGCACUCCCGGGCAGCGGGCUGCAACUUCCUGCAGUUCCUGGUGUUCUCCAACCUGUUCACCAUGCAGAGCUGCGACCGGUGGCGAGAGGCCGUCGUGGGACACACCCUGGCCCUGCUCAGGGACCCCCGUCUGGAGGUCCGAGAAACUGCCGCCGAGACCCUGGGGGGCCUGCUGCACUGCGAGUUCCUCAAGGUCACCGACGAGCUACUGGCCUCCUUCCGGGCGCAGUGCACCAAGAAGAAGCGGCGGGGGCGGGGCGGCGGCCCCCCGUUGCCCCUGGACCCUGCGGACGUGCGGGAGCGCCAUGCCGGGGUGCUGGGGCUGUGCGCGUGCGUCAACGCCUUCCCCUACGACGUGCCCCCCUUCAUGCCCGACGUGCUGGUGCUUCUGGGGGACCACCUCAACGACCCCCAGCCCAUACCCGCGACCAUCAAGAAGACGCUGUCCAACUUCCGGCGCACCCACCACGACACGUGGCGCGACCACAAGGUGAUGUUCACGGACGACCAGUUGGCAGUGAUCACGGAUCUCCUGGUGUCCCCCAGCUACUACGCCUGAGCCCGCAGCACGGCCCACGUGCCCGGCGUGGCACCUCUCGCGGCGCCCAAGCACCGCCCCCCGCCGAGGCCAAAGCCAGGGGCACCCCGUCGGUGAUGCCAUUUGGGGGCAGAUAUCCACUACGGGGUUUUCGAGAGGCGGCGUUCGGACCUCCGGGUGGAAUGGCCGCAUCCGCCCACGUGUACAUACUCUUUGGAGGAGCGUCGAAGACCGUACGGAGGACGCUACGAGAGCCUAACCCACCCCUCCCCCGGAGAUUGUGAUAGAGGGCGGGGAGGACACUGAUUGGGAACAAUGCGUACUGUGGUCGAAUGGAUUCUUUCCACACGGGGAGAGGAGAACGAAACGUUGAAGAAGAAAACGUCGGGCAGGUGAAACCUUGUAAAUGUAUCUGUACUGCCUACAGCGGAAGGGCCGGCAGUGUGGCAAACCCUUUCCGGAGACACGAGGAGAAUUUGGCAGUUCGUUUACUCCGGUAUCGUUGUGUUUUAGACUUCCCAACAGAAUCGUGUCUGCGGGAAGGGGUUGUUUGCCAAUUUUCCGGCGGACACAUGCCAUAAGCGUGUGGAUCGAUGGGCCUGCGCCCCUGUCUCUGAACCAUAUAAUAAGCUACGAGCGAGAGUGAAUUGCUUUGUUUUUUUUUUGUACUGUGCUUCUGUGUUGCUGAUGUGGGUUUACUCGCGACGAAAGGGAAGAUCUCGAGCGGAGUGGUCUGCUUUCGGUCGGGGCACGGUCGCUGCGGCUGCGGAAUUUUAUGACGUUCCGCAUCGGACACGGGGUAGGCUCCUGAAAUGGCGAUUGAGUACAGGUUUCUCUUGUGCAUUACAUAUGUUUUUUCCUAUUUGGGGAGAGCUGUAUGGGGGUAUAAAUAAUUAAAGCUUUCUUUAGAAAAACUGA